UACGCCGAACACGUCGCAUCUGGUUCCGCAACGUAUUUACGACGACGACGAUCGUCUCGCGUUAUCGCUCUCCGGCCACCGCGAUAUAACAAUAAUAAUAAUAGUAAUAGUAAUAAUAUACGUUCGAAUUACAUUCGUCGGAUCCGUUUCAUCCUUCCCUUCCCCCGUCCCACCACACACCACUACGCCGCCGACGCCGGGUGAUUAAUCGCUGGCCGCCGCUAUAUUCCGCUAGCACCGACCGACGACGUCCGCAGGUCUCGCUAUCAGUCGCGCGAGAGUGAUAGAGGACGGUUUUUUUUUUUUUUUUUUACACGUAACGUUACGUGCCACUCGCCGCCUAGUACUACGUUAACGUUAUAAUAUUAUCGUAAAUAUAAUAUUACACGGUGCAUAAUAAUAUUAUUAUUAUUAUUACUAUUACUGUUAAUAUCACGCACACGUAUAUCGCGGUCGUACGUGUACCGUCGUCGCAUUAUCAUCAUCUGUAACGUUACUCUAUUAUUAUUAUUAUUAUUAUUAUUACUAUUAUUACUAUUAUAUAUCCGUGCCCGAGUCGAUCGUUUCCGCCGGAGAGGUGAUAAUAACCGAUAAUUGAUCAACAAACUCGGCAGUCCGGUGACGGUAGCGUAGUAGCCGUGUGAAAUUAGGUUAUUUCGCGUAGUUGUUUUCCGUCCGCCUCUGUGCACUAGUACGACACGACGCGCCCGUCGUCGCGGUUCCGGUCGUCGUUUUUAAAAAAAAAAAAAAAUUGUCUUCCGUCUUCGGCAGGUGUCCAGCCGUUGUUUUUUUUACGACCGUGUCCCACGUUUCCCCAUUCGUGCGCGAUCGCCAUGGCCAUGGAAGGAGAGGAACUCAUCUCGGAUCAAGAAAAGGUCAGAAUUGUUUCGGAUUUCAUUCUACAUUCACCUCCAGGCGAAUUUAAUGAAGUAUUCAAUGAUGUUCGAGGCUUAGUUAACAAUGAUGCUCUUCUUAAAGAAGGAACAUGUUGGGCAUUUGCUUUAUACAAUAAAGAACAAACAUUACCUGUUAAGAUAGAAAACAGUGAAUAUCCGGUGCUUAUAACUCAAUUUAACGAUCUAGGAUCUAGUAGAUUUUAUGACCCUAGAUCUAAACAAUCAUUUAAGUUUGAUCAUUUAAGAAAAGAACCAUCAAACUUUGAGAAUUGGGAGCCAGAUUCAGAGACAGAAACUUGGCGUUCAGCAUUUGAAACAGAAUUUACUGCAUAUACAUCAUUACAUUAUAAACAUGGUACAUGCAGUGUAUUCGCUAAACAAGAAGGUUCUUCUACUGUUAUAACAGCUUGUAUUGAGGAUCAUGAAUUCCAAGCAAAAAAUUUUUGGAAUGGCCGUUGGCGGUCUCAGUGGACUCUCACUAUAGGACCUACAAAUAUAGAUAUUUUUGGAUUCUUACGAAUUCAUGUUCAUUAUUAUGAAAAUGGUAAUGUUCAACUUGUAGCAUCUAAGGAAAUAAAGGAAUCAAUCGCAUUAACAACUGAAGAGUUAGCUGUAAAAGAAGUUUUGAAAAUAGCAGAGGAUGCUGAGAAUGAAUACCAGAUAGCUAUAACAGAAAAUUAUCAAACUAUGUCAGAAACGACAUUUAAGGCACUUCGUCGUCAGUUGCCAGUCACCAGAACUAAAAUUGAUUGGAAUAAAAUUGUUUCUUACAGUAUUGCUAAAGAGUUUAAAACUCAAUGACCAAUCAAACAAUUAAUAGUCAUUGUUUUAUUUUUAUGAAUCAUGAUGCAAAAGACUUAAUUGGUAAGUCCUUACGCUUGCUGAAAUAUUUAAAUAUUAUGAGAAAAGAAUCAUAACUUGUUUUAUUAAUUAUAUCUUUCCACCAAUGAGUUAGAAAAAAGUUGAAUCUUUUAACCAAGGUGUUAGGACAAAAUUGUACAAAACAAAUUGUGAAAUUGCUCGCUUAGUAUUCAAUUUAGUUUUCCUUUUAUUUGUAAAUCUAUUGAGGUUCAAUUUUUAUUUUUGUAUUUUUAAUUUGUAUUUAUUAAUUUUGUUGAUUGUAAACAAAACUUUAUUAUGAAAUUAAGGUUUAGGUUGAAAAGUAAACAAAUUCGUUCAUUUUUAGAUUAAUACAUUUUAUGUUAAAGUUAAAAGUUCCAAGUGUAUUUUAUUAUUAUUUUUUUUUUUUUUUUGGAUUUUGAAAUAUAAAAUAAAAUAUUUACCUUCAGUUUUUAAAUUUAAGUAAUAAAAAUCCAUAUUUUAUAACAUUUUAAAUGUCUAAAGAAUAUAAAAUUAGGUCAAUUUCAUUAACUUUAUGUCUUAUAACUAUUUGUUAUGUAAUUUAAUUUAUCAAUUUUAAUCAAAAUGUAUUUUUAUUUUUUUUUAUUUACAAUUUAUGUUUUAUUCAGUAAGAAACAAUAACCGAAAACCAAUAAUGUAUUUAAUAUAUCUGAAGCACAAAUUAGAGUGUAAAAACUUGGACUAUAAAAUAUAGUCAAUAGUAAUUAUGAGCUAUGAAAAAUUUAACUAUGAUCUGUAUUUUUUUUCUUGAUACCUAUAAACACAUUUUGAGUUUAAUAAUUUAAGUAUUGAUUUUAAAACUAACCUUUUAAAUGCUUUUAAAGUUAUUUUAGUGUAAGUUAAAAGUGUAAUUACUUACAUAUAUUUAAAAUCUGUACCAUUUAUGGAUUUAUAAUCUUAUUUCAAAAGUUAUGUAUUCAAAUCCUUAAAGUUCAUAUUCCUGAAUCAUCUUUAAUUACUGUUCUGCUUAUAAAGAAAUAUAUACAAAUAUAUAUUGCUGCAUUUGUUAAUGUUACCCUAAAAGUAUUACAAGUUUCUUUCAUACAUUUAGCAUGUUAUUAAUUAUAAUUUUUUGAAAAACAAAAAUUAAACUUGUUAACAUUAUUAUGAUAUUGUAAAUUAUUAACAAAAAUUUAUGUUUUUACAUAAAUUUCAAAUGUUGUUGACUGUUUUCUAGAAAAACAAUAUUGAUGUUAUGGAUAUUAUUGCGAUAAAAACUAGAUAAUUCUUACCACUAUUUUACUUUUUUUGUAUAUACACUAUACAGAUAUGUAUUUGUAUAGUCAAAUAUUUUAAGUACACAAAAGAAAUUUUUGUUAACUAAUUACAUAAUACUUUAUAUAAUAAAUAUUUAGAUAUAUGCGCAUAAUAUGCUUAUCUAAACAUAUAUAAAACUGUACAAUACUGCUGUAUUAAUUAGGAAAAACAAUUUUGGUGAAGGUUAUGUGAUUUAAAUGUUGUAUAAUUGUAAUGAAUGCCGUUAACAAAACUUUGUUUUUGAUUCAUAGUAGAUUUUUUUCUAAUAAAUUUGUUUUGUAAUUAAAAAAAAAUGCAUUAAAAACGUGCAAUAUUUAGUUUAAAAAUUUAAUAUUAUGUACAUUAUGUAUUUCAAAAAAAAAAAAAAAAUUAUCUAUAUCAUGGCUUGUAUUGAAAUUUAGUGAAUUAUCAUAGGUUAUUAUAAAUUGUACACCAAUAUAUUUACAUUUAUUUUGGUUUUAUAUAUUUCAUGCUCACAAAAACAAAUUUUUCAACAUUAUCCGUUAUGUCAAUUAUUAAUUAUUAUUAAAUGAUUAUAUUAUUAUUACUUUUAUCAUUAAUAUUUUAUUAUUAUUAUUAUUAUUAUUUUUAUUAUUAUUAUUAUUUUAAUUUAAUUUAAUUACUAAACAGAAAUGUUUUAAUAAAAUGACUUUCUUGUUUAAUUUUUAAAACAAUGUUAUUUAAAGAGGAAAAUUAUAUAUUAUAUUCAAAGCUAUAACAA